GGGCACUCGCAAAUAUGUGGCAACCAUUUCGACCAUUUCGAAGUGCCGAUCUAGGUGGCAUUCAAAUUUGCAUGCUCCUGCUGUUGUCGGCAUUCUGGUGGAGUUCGCUGCCGCUGCUCGAGGGCUCCGGCGCAUCACAGGCACCACAGGACACUGUAUCGGUUAGCCUUCCCGGUGAUAUUAUACUGGGCGGUCUGUUUCCGGUGCACGAGAAAGGAGAGGGCGCCCCCUGCGGACCCAAGGUGUACAAUCGUGGUGUUCAGCGUCUGGAGGCCAUGUUAUAUGCCAUUGACCGGGUCAACAAUGAUAGCAACCUACUGCCAGGCAUAACGAUAGGCGUGCACAUAUUGGAUACAUGUUCGCGCGACACUUAUGCCCUCAACCAGUCGCUACAGUUCGUUCGUGCCUCGCUAAACAAUCUGGAUAACUCGGCCUUUGUGUGUUCCGACGAGUCAUCACCCCAGCUGCGAAAGAACGCUACCUCGGGACCUGUCUUUGGGGUGAUUGGUGGCUCCUACAGCUCAGUGUCCUUGCAAGUGGCGAACCUGCUGCGUCUUUUCCACAUACCACAGAUAUCGCCGGCAUCCACUGCGAAGACUCUGUCGGAUAAGUCACGCUUCGAUCUCUUCGCGCGAACCGUGCCUCCAGAUACAUUCCAGUCUGUGGCACUCGUGGACAUUAUCAAGAACUUCAACUGGUCCUACGUAUCAACGAUACACUCAGAGGGUUCUUAUGGAGAAUAUGGCAUCGAGGCAUUCCACAAAGAGGCGAGCGAACGACACGUCUGCAUCGCUGCCGCUGAAAAAGUUCCGAGCGCGGCCGAUGACAAAGUCUUCGAUGCGAUCAUCAGCAAGUUGCAGAAAAAGCCGAAUGCACGGGGCGUGGUCCUUUUUACACGGGCCGAGGAUGCCCGGCGCAUACUGCAGGCAGCGAAGCGAGCAAAUCUCGCCCAGCCCUUUCAUUGGGUUGCCAGCGAUGGCUGGGGCAAGCAACAGAAGCUACUGGAUGGCCUAGAGGAGAUAGCCGAGGGUGCCAUAACCGUGGAGUUGCAGUCAGAGAUUAUAGAGGACUUCGAUCGAUAUAUGAUGCAGUUGAACCCGCGUUCGAAUCUCCGCAAUCCCUGGUUUGCGGAGUACUGGGAGGAUACCUUCAAUUGUGUACUUUUGGACAGCUCUGAGCUAAUAAAUCCAAUAAAUAGAAGCGAUCCUAAACAACUCGAAGACGGCAGAGUCAUUUGCGAUGAGAACUUUCGGCUUUCGGAAAAAGUCGGCUACGAACAGGAGUCCAAGACGCAGUUCGUUGUGGAUGCUGUCUACGCUUUUGCGCAUGCGCUGCACAAUCUACACAACGACCUUUGUCUUCAAUCACAAGCAUGUCCUGCCAUGGCCAGCUACGAUGGCAAAGAAUUUUAUAAUAACUACUUACUGAACGUGUCUUUCAUAGAUUUGGCCGGCAGCGAGGUUAAGUUUGAUCGUCAAGGUGAUGGACUGGCCAGAUAUGAUAUAUUAAAUUAUCAGCGACUCGAAAACUCCUCAGGAUAUCAAUAUAAGGUUGUGGGCAAGUGGUUUAAUAAUUUAGAACUCAAUCUGCCAACCGUCGUAUGGAAUAAGGAGGUCGAUUUGCCAACCUCCGCCUGUUCACUUCCCUGUGAAGCUGGCAUGAUCAAGAAGCAACAGGGCGACACCUGUUGCUGGAUUUGCGACAACUGCGAACCAUACGAGUACGUCUACGAUGAGUUCACAUGCAAAGACUGUGGUCCCGGAUAUUGGCCUUACCCCGACAAGCUCUCGUGCUUUGCCCUGGACAUCCAGUAUAUGCGCUGGAACUCGCUUUUUGCGAUUGUAGCUGUAUCCCUGGCUGUGGUUGGAAUAUUUGGCACUUUCAUUGUUAUUCUGCUGUUUGCCAAAAACCACGACACCCCUUUGGUCCGUGCUUCCGGUCGUGAGCUCAGCUAUACUCUACUCUUCGGAAUUUUGGUUUGCUAUUGCAAUACAUUCGCGCUGAUCGCGAAGCCAACGAUCGGAUCGUGUGUUCUGCAGCGAUUCGGCAUUGGUGUAGGCUUUUCAAUUAUCUACAGCGCACUGCUGACAAAAACCAAUCGCAUAUCUAGAAUUUUUCACUCGGCAUCCAAAUCGGCACAACGCCUAAAAUAUAUAAGUCCGCAGUCGCAAGUCAUUAUUACUACUUCGCUAAUCGCCAUACAAGUUUUGAUUACAAUGAUUUGGAUGAUCGUAGAGCCGCCUGGUACUCGAUUCUACUAUCCGGAUAGGACAGAAGUGAUACUCAAAUGCAAAAUACAGGACAUGUCAUUUCUAUUCUCUCAACUCUACAACAUGAUUCUCAUAACCAUCUGUACAGUGUAUGCCAUAAAGACUAGGAAGAUACCCGAAAACUUCAAUGAAUCCAAGUUCAUUGGAUUCACCAUGUACACCACCUGCAUCAUCUGGCUAGCCUUCGUUCCUAUCUACUUUGGCACCGGCAAUUCUUAUGAGAUCCAAAUCACCACAUUGUGCAUCUCCAUCUCGUUGAGCGCAUCGGUGGCACUGGUGUGUCUGUACUCGCCUAAGGUGUAUAUCUUGGUUUUUCAUCCGGACAAAAACGUUCGCAAACUGACGAUGAACAGCACGGUUUAUAGACGUUCCGCUGCCACGGCUGCUGUGCAGGGCGGCAUGCUAUCGAGUUCCGGAUAUAGCCGUACACCUGCUCCUGGCACAGCUGUGGGCGCCACCACGGCCACAUCAACCGACCGAGGCAACUCUCAGAAUGGCAGCCAGCGUAGCCCCAGCCUUGUAUUGGUCCAAAGUCAGGCGGCCGUUGUUCACAAUCACGAGGAAUUCAAUGGGGCUCCGGCCACUGCGGAAUGCGACUCUUGCCGGGCAGAGAUCCCAGAGCCACAAUGUGCAGCCAUCGAAGAUCCAACUAUCCCAUCAACUAUUGGUAAAUGCAGCCAGGAUUAAGGUAUUUGACUUUCGUUGUGGUAGCAAGCCAAACAAAAAUUUACAGCUUUAUCGCUUCGACGAAAACGAAGACAGCUUAAAUCUAACGACCUGUGUAUCUAGUCAAACUAGCUUAAAGCCAAAAGAGCCCAAUACCCAUUAACCACACUAUCCAUUAACUAGUAUCCACUAUCGCUAUCACCAUCACAAUACUUUACUCAACCGGCUUUCGCCCUAGACUAUACAUUCUACUAUAUGUACGAGUAUAAGCCACAUAUUGUAGAUGUGGGCACCCACUUUAUUUAAAUCAAUACCGAGGCUAAGUGCACCCUGUCUUCGGAAUAUCAAUGCUCAAUUUUUGCAAUUAUUCACCAUGUAAAAGCACAUGUAGAGAUAUAGCUUGAAAUUGAAAUUUAACAUAGGCUUAGAGCGGGUAAGCGGCUGACAGGUCCGACCUAAUAAAUACUCUUCCCCCUACCCCGUGCAAUGAAGAAUACAUAUAUAAAACAAACAAACGAACAAACAAAAAACAGCAACCUAUUUAGUCCUAAUCGUUCAACUUCAAAUUAGUUUAGAGCACAAGUAUUGGCUAUAAAUAUGUACCUAAUUAUAUUAUGUACGCCGCAU